UUGGAGCACGAGUAGCAGUGAGGAGAUGUGGUUCGAGAUUCUCCCUGGCCUUGCCAUCAUGGGCAUGUGCUUGGCCAUUCCUGGGGUGUCCACUGCGUACAUCCACAAGUUCACCAACGGGGGCAAGGAAAAAAGAGUUGCUCGACUUUGUUGCCAGUGGUAUUUGAUGGAAAGAGAUAGACCUGUCUCUGGAGUCAAUCGCUACUAUGAGUGCAGGGGCUUGGAGAAUAUUGACUAAGGAAGCACUUUCCUGGCUGAUAAAAACAACUACUCAGCUAUGGUCACCUAUUCCUGCUAGAAGGCAAAUGC